GCUGUCUGAAUUUCGAACUUGUUACUCUGUUGUUGGCCUCGUCGUCAUCUCCAUCAUUUCUCCUGCCUUUCAUACUUACCUCCAGGCAUCAGCAUUUUACUAGCACAUAAGUCACCCCUCAUAGUCGCCAGUUCUACUUGAGUGUUGUCUGUCCCUUUUUUUGUAUCGAAUUAUAGCGUCACUUUGCGUUGGGAGUUUAAACAUCAUCUUUCCCCCUGAUCUUAAGCUUCAAACGCCGUAACAUCGUUAAAUAUACUACCCAACUUCCCUCUAUCGGUCAGGCGCAACCGCCAACAUGGCGCAGAACCAUAUACAUAAUUUAGUUACUCUAAUCAAGAGACUAGAGGCUGCUACUACUCGCCUAGAGGACAUUGCUGAGUCGACGAUAGAGCUACCUCAAGUUGUCCCUGCCCUCACGGCUACCGGCGCAACCCCCAGCCCCUCUAGCACAUCGAGCCCUACCGUGCAGCAAGCCGUCCCUACGCCCACCCAUCUUGCAUCGGUGCAAAGCCCCCAAGAACCUUUACCCGAGUCUAUCGAAGAGUUCGACGCUUUCAUCGAUCAGUCGGUUGGUAAAUAUGUCAAGGCGAGCAACAAGCUAGGCGGCUUGAUUGCCGAGCAGGCUUCCAAGGUGUUGGGGGGGUUUCAGCAGCAGCGCCGGUUCCUGCUGAUAUCCACCAAGGCUAAGAAGCCCGACAUAACCGGAUCGGAGAUGGUCGUCUACCAAGAACUUUUGAAGCCAAUCAACGAGGCCCUCAUGGCCGUUGGCAGCAUUAAAGAAUCCAACCGCGGCUCCGAUGUUUUCUCCCAGCUCAGUACCGUCUCUGAGGGUAUCAUGGUACUAGCUUGGGUCACAGUAGAUAACAGGCCGUACAAACACGUCGAGGAGUCCUUAGUAUCCGCGCAAUUUUUUGGAAACCGAGUUCUGAAGGAGUAUAAGGAUAAGGAUGCCGACCAGGUUGAAUGGGUUCAAUCCUUCUAUCAGGUAUUCCGCGACCUUGUUGACUACGUCAAACAAUACUUCCCUAACGGCAUUUCCUGGAACCCCUCCGGGUUGCUCGCAGCCGAGGUCGCGAAGGCAAUAGACUCCGCUCCCACCGCCAAUGUUGCCGCUCUGCCGCCCCCUCCUCCCCCGGCCGCGGGUGGUGCCCCUCCGCCGCCACCCCCGGGUCCCCCGCCUGUUCUUCAGAUCAAGGAGCAAUCCUCCAAGCCAGACGGCAUGAACGCAGUGUUUAGCGAGUUAAAUAAGGGUGAGAGUGUAACCAAGGGCCUACGGAAGGUAGACAAGUCGGAGAUGACACACAAGAACCCGUCGCUAAGGGCUGGCUCGACCGUCUCGGAUUCUUCUGCCAGUGCCAAGAGUCCCGCGCCUGGGAAGAAACCGAAGCCCGAGAGUAUGCGCCUCAAGAAGCCCCCUAAGAAGGAGCUCGAUGGCAAUAAGUGGAUCAUCGAAAACUUCGAUAAGCAUCCCGAGCCGAUCGAGAUCGAGGCCGAAAUGUCGCACUCGAUCCUGAUCAGCCGAUGCAACCAGACGACCAUCAUCGUGAAGGGCAAGGCGAACGCGGUCACGAUCGAGAACACGCAGCGGCUGAGCAUCGUGGUGGACUCGCUCGUGUCGACCGUGGACGUGGUCAAGUCGUCCAACUUCGCGCUGCAGGUGAUGGGCAGCCUGCCCACCAUCCUCCUCGACCAGCUCGACGGCGCCCAGGUCUACCUCAGCAAGGAGAGCUCCUCCACCCGCAUCUUCUCCUCCAAGUCCUCCGGCAUCAACAUCAACGUCGUCGCCGGCCCCGACGACGACUACAAGGAGAUCCCCCUCCCCGGCCAGAUCUGCUCCUACUACGACGAGGAGAAGGGCGAUAUGGUCAACGAGAUCGUCGAUCAUGCGGGUUAACGAGCUGCGAAGGGGGCUGUACAACGCGUGCGGUAUUACACACCUACUAGGUACCUGGGUCAACGAGCGACUGCGGAAUUUGGAUUGGAUUGCGCGUCUCAUUUAGAUAGAUACCAGACGAGAUGAGAGGAGAGGUGAGAUGUAUAUGGGGAGCUCGUAUGGCCUAGGGGUUAAUGGGGGCAGUCGAGGGAAACUGGAGUAGUGUAAAAAGCCAGGAUAUACCCGGGCGUACUCUGCGACCUCUGGGGCUCCUACCGUGUUGUCUGUUGUAUUUGCCUAGAUAGCAUGCCAUAUGCAAAGCAUUCACAAUUAAAAGGAACAUUGUUAUCAGGUACUUUCAACAAAGAGAAUUGCAAUAGGAUCAGAGGUACCCAAGCUACCUAGGUACCUAAUCACUUGUAUGCGCAUUUGUGUACCCCUGUUCUUGAAUUAUUUUUAUUCGGACGAAGAUAUAUAGAUAUAGCUAGCUAGCUAGGCAGUGACCUCUAGGUACCUAGCUAUAGAAUAUCCACCAACACCGGCCUUGAUGCUCUAGUAAACCAACAAAC